ACGCCCGAGGCGCGUGAUACACGGACCCACUGGUCCAGGCCCGGGCCCGCACCACGUUCCCGACGCGGUUGACGAAGCAAAUUCGGCGUCUAUAUAAAUUCCACCUGACCCCAAACGCCUGAACAAUCAAACCACAGCAACAGCAAAGCCAUCCGCUCCCGAUUCUAUCGCCGCAAAGGAACCAGCAACCUUCGGAGAGCGAGGCGGAGAAGAUGAGCUACUACAACCAGCAGCCCCCCGUCGGCGUCCCGCCGCAGCAAGGUUACCCGGGGAAGGACGGCUACCCGCCGCCGGGGUACCCACCGGCAGGCUACCCACCGCCGGCGCAGGGCUACCCGCCGGCCGGCUACCCCCAGCAGGGCUACCCGCCGCAGUACGCGCAGCCGCCGCCGCAGCAGCAGCACCAGAGCUCCGGGCCUUCCUUCAUGGAGGGAUGCCUGGCCGCCCUCUGCUGCUGCUGUCUCCUGGACGCCUGCUUUUGAGGAGAGCAGAAAAGACGGCGACAUCGGACCUGUUCAACCCCGUGGAUCUGGAACUGAGCCCGUAGCUUAAAUCAUUUCUUGUUGGGCAUUGUUCACCUUCGUGUUUUUACUACAAUGUUUAUUAUGAACAUCUGUUUCUGUGUCUGGUGGUGGAAUUCAACUCAGGAUAAUGGAUUGCGGUUUGAUCUUUU